UAUUAUUAUAUCGAUAAGGCCGGAUUCUAGUUUCUAGCAAAGGUCGAUAUAUGUAAUAUAAAAUAAACGUUCGUGGUGGUAAUAUAAUUACCCAUAUCUAUAUAUUAUACAUAUGCACAUUGCACAUACGUAUAUAUAAUACGUACCUACACGAUUUAACAAUGGAUACCACGAGCGGUGGUGCGGACGACAAAACGAAAGAAAAAGAAGACAACGAACGCCGUACAAUGAGACCAAAAUUGAAAUAUUCGCUAUCAUACUGCCCGUCCAUGUCUCGGCCGUUGGACUUCAGCGUCAAAGGUCCUGUGCCGAUUUACAUACACAAAAAACAAAAAGUGCUCACUGGUUGCUCAUACAUCGAACUAAAGUUGCAAAAACACUCCAAAGUGGGUGAAAUAACGUUCAGAAACUAUUAUACGGCUAGCGUGAGCGUGCUACUGUUGAGAUCGAAUACUCUGCAAGGACCACCGAUGGGAUCGAGGAACUGGGAGGUGGGUAUCAAGAACCGAACUCUGAUGAACCAGCCACACUGCGAAAACGGCGCACAGGACUAUUUCUCGCUGUGUUUCACCGAGGCGUGGAACAACGUUUCAAAGCUUAAAAUCAUACUUAGACAACCGUCACCUAUGUGUAAGACGUUCCAUUUGGAAGAGAUCAAGUUGUAUGCCGAUGUGCCUCGAUUCGGCAGACCCUUUUUUGAACAAAAACUACCGCCUUAUCUGAUUCAUAACACUACGACGGCCAUUUCAUGGAGACCUAGUACAAGGACCGGCAAUGAAAUGCAAUUUGUAAAUAGGCCAGAUAUGAAUAACAAGACUCAAUGUCUUGGUUACGUAGUUGAACAAGUGCCAAACAAUUAUGACAGUUCAAAAAUAAUGUAAGUUAAGAACCUUAAAAAAGAUUCAUAUUAUCUAACAAAAUAACCAUGAAUACAUUAUUUUAACACAAGAACAACAAUCAUAAAAACUUACUCUUUUUAUUUUAUUGCAAAAGUAUUAUUAUAAUAUAAUAAUAAUGAUGAUUGUACAAUUUAAUUAUUACAGAAAAAUAUAUAUAUAUAUAUAAACUUAUAUAUUAUAAUAAGAAUUGCUAUGAUAAAUGACUAAAUU